AUUUCAGCUUCAAGACUUAAAACAUGGACGUGCUUGGUGCUCUCUUAUCAAUUUUCUAUUCUUCCGACGAAACUCUUGAGAGUAGAAUGAACACCUCCUUCUCUAAUUCUUCGCAAUUUUUAUCAUCAUCAUCGUCUUCUUCUUCUUCUCAUGUCUCAAAUCGUGAUACAAACUUUGCCCAAAGAGCCGGAAGGCUCAUUCAUGUCAUCAUCACUUGCAUCAUUGCAGCAGUUGGUUCAUCAGUAGGAGCUGUGACUGGAGGCUUAAUAGGCUUAGCAACUGAAAGUGGUCCACUAAGAGGAGCUGGAAUUGGUGCAAUAUCUGGUGCAGUGUUCUCAAUUGAGGCUUUUGAGUCAUCUAUUGCUAUAUGGCACUCAAAUGAAUCAGGGAUAUGGAGUGUUCUGUAUGUGGUAGACAUAAUUUGUAGCCUGUUAAGCGGGAGGCUAGUUAGAGAGAAGGUUGGCCCUGCCAUGAGAAGUGCAGUACAAAGUCAGAUGAGUGCAGUGGACUCUCCUUUUAUGGAAGCUAUCGAUAUCUUUGAUACUGGCGGUACAAAAGGGUUGACAGAGGAAUCAGUAGAUAAGAUUCCGCAGAUUAGUAUCAAUUGUCAAAACAUUGUGGAUGACAUGGGAGAGAGACUUUUCUGUGUAGUUUGCCUUCAGGAUUUUGAGAUAGGAGAGACGGUGAGGUGUUUGCCUUACUGUCAGCAUAAGUUUCAUCUGCCCUGCAUUGAUGGCUGGCUCAUAAGACAUGCAUCUUGUCCACUGUGUCGACGGGAUUUAUGAACUAUUCAUCACUUUUUCUAUAUAAUUAUGAGAGGAUGAAAAUGCAUAUUCCAUGUUCAGGCUCUCAGAAUUUUGUUUUUCUGUUCUUUUGUAAAUUAGUGAACAAUGUAAUCAUGGUACGUGCUGGAUUUUACUUUGUAUCAGAUGUCAAUACUAUAUGUACUUAGUAGUAA